AUGGUUUGGUUUGUGGCGGUCCUCAAACCUUUUCUAAUUGUAUGGACUGGAUUGAAGGUAAUCGAUGACAUGGCCUUAUUGGUGCGUCUCAGUCGGCUUGGGCUUGCCACCGUUCCCUUUCCGGGCAAGAAACGAGACGAAUCCAAGGCCAUGUGUGGUUUGUGCGACGACGUUGUGGGUGACCUCAUGGUCGGAUCUGAUGGUAUUUCAGUCAUACCCUGUAACGUCGCUUGUAUCGGAAUCAAACCAUGCAUUGAAAUGUGCGAAAAAGUUAAAGAGGCUAGUGAAGAAACUUCGGAAUUUCCAUGCAUCGCUUUGGGUUAUUGUGACGCUAUGGAGCAUGGCUAUGUAUCUUCCACCGACAUUGACUGCAAGAGUGGCGCCUUUUUCAGUUGCCAGCCGAGCCAAUAUUGUCGACGCAAACGAGAAGGAGUGAAAAUGAGAUGCGAAUUGAAACCGGGGAUCGGACGGUGGAAUGGAAUGAAGAACCUGGCUUCGACGUAUACGGCGGCCUUGGCAAUUGGGCUGAGCAGCCAGCUAUAUUGCAGUGAGCCUGGAGCUGGUCCAUACUGUAUUACCAAACCGAAAGGAACCGGGUUACUUGCUGAAUGGGCUGGGUUCGGUCUCGUUAUCCUUUGGGGUGGAUACAAGUCCAUAUCGGCGCUGGAAACACCUGGCGGCAAUGAUGAUCGGCAAUGGCUCACCUUCUGGGUCAUUUAUACGCUUUGGCUUUGCAUCGAAGGUUUUGCCUUGCGCGUCAUCCUAUCGAACAUUCCACUCUACUACGAAGUCAAGUUCUUUCUGCUCUGCUGGCUCCUGUUCUAUUCGGGUGCCGAAUCAUGCUACCGGAAACUGAGACGAAUCUUGGAGAGACUACUCCGUGACCGAUCAUGCGUCUGGUCGGACGAAGCCAUUGCACAAGAAGGUCUCCAAUUGAUGACCGAGACUGGAGGAGAGGUCGUUCAACACCAUUUGGAGGAACUGGAGUCAAAGCAUCAAGCCUCCCCAGUUGUAGGGCUGCGGAACCGACGAAAGUCAUCCGGUAUCCGAGUCAGUUGGGCUCCGAACCGGUAUUGGCAGUAUGACUUUGAUCUGGACAUGAAAGACCCCUCUAAAAUGCAAUUGAACACGGAAUCCAUGACCAACCGCCAGAAACUCUUUCUGCUGUCCAAAUUUUUGCUGUCGUCCGAAGGAAGCUUCCAAUUGGAGCAAUCUCGCUCCUUUUCCGAAACGGAUCGAAUAUUGUUAAUGGAACGGGCUGCUCAGGUUGUCUCCUUUCAACCCCGCUUCCUGCGAGUCAAACUACACGGCUGCAUUGAGGGACCCCAAGGCGAACUCCCUCCAAUGGAUUCCAAUGAAAAGGCCGAUGGCUACGUCAUUUGUCAUCUAGUACCAGCUUCCGGCAUGCCGUAUCCACCCAAAGGGGUUCAAUCUUCCACCUGCUACCGCAAUCUAUCUCCCCAAUGGAACGAAGAAUUGGAAAUUCCCUUGGAAGGUGGUAGACUCGAUUCCGAUGGAUUUUUUCGAUCCGAACAUGCCCAUACCACCCAGUUGCAUCUGUGCGUACUGGAUGCGGACGCUGGACAAUGGAGUCUUCUUUUGUACGCUAGCCGUAUCUUGCUGAUUCUGGAAGCUGUCUGUUGGAUCAUUGCCUACAUCGAUGGAGUCACAGACAAUUUGUCGGUCUUUGGCAAGUGGGUUUGGAUUUUUGUGACAACUGUAUUGACUAUCAAUUUUGUGGUUGGCUACUACAUGGCUGUAUGGCAACGAAGUGAUGACGAGCCAGUCGGAUUCUGCACUGUCCCCUUGGGAAUUCUAUUGGAUCAGCAGAAGCAUACUCUGAAACUGACGCUGCAUCCAGAAGACGAUGAAUCCAAAGCUAGGCAGAAUUCAGUGGGUGGAUAUGGAAUAAUUCGCGUCACCUUGUCGCUCUCUGAAACUUAG